AUGGUCACAGUUAGCCAGAUGACCCUUCCAACUGCGGCUAUUUCAUGGCUGCUCAGCUGGCAACUGCCUCACCAGACGCUGGAACUGGUGACCGCCGCUGCACUGGCAGCACUCGCAGUGUUUGUGUCGUACUGGACACUAUGGCAGAUUCGAAGGCGUUUCCUCAACGCACCUGUCGAAGCACAAGGCAAGAGCGUUCUCAUUACAGGUUGUGAUACCGGCCUUGGCUACCUCUUGGCUAAGCAGCUGGCUGCUGACGGCUUCUACGUUUACGCGGGAUGUCUCAGUGCCACUGGAGAAGGAGCCAAAAUCCUUCGCACCAAGACCAACAUAGAGGUGCUACAAAUGGACGUUACAAAAGAUCACGACGCCGAGGCUGCGUACGAAGCAGUGGAGAGAACUCUUGUACGUUUCCAGGUCAAUACGUUUGGAGUGGUCCGAGUCGCAAGGGCAUUUCUGCCACUUCUGCGCAAGACACCCGGAAGCAGGCUGGUCAUCGUCACGAGCCUUUUAGGACGGAUGUCAAUGCCGGCAUCAAUGACCUACUGCAUGUCUAAGCACGCCUCCACAUCGCUGGCAGACUCCCUUCGGCGACAGUAUUACGACAGGGGUGUUCACAUAAGCACCGUGGAGCCAGGUGCAUACAGGACUCCCAUGGCUAACCACGACACCAUGGCGGAGACACUGCGCAAAGACCUGAGCCUGCUGCCCGCUCGCGUGCGCAGCGGCAUAAGCGACCACUCACUGGGAAGUCUUCGCAAGUCGUCCGACGUCCUGUACUCGUCUAUCAUGAGAGAUGACUCGCAAGAGGCCGUGAACGUCAUGAAGUCGGCCGUGCGAGACCUCGUUCCCAAGGUCUAUUACAGGGCCGGCGGUCUCGAGGACAUUCUCUUGCGCCGGCUGUACGAAGUGGUGCCAGCUGAAGUGACAGACGAGGUGGUCCACAUGAUCCGCAAGGUUGCCCGAGCUGCGAGGCGUAAAGCGUAG